CGCCUCGCGGUCGAUCAUCGUGAAGUCGUUUCCCUGCCUCCAGUUUCCUUUCCAAAGAGGGAGGUUUAUAUGAUACUGCUCUGUGAUUGUUUGGCGCGUCACAGUGGAUUCGAUUGCACUCGGAAGACGGAUUGGGGAAACUCGGUCAUUCGGUAGUCGUUCCUUUUCAACGCCAGAUCUGCAAAUACGACGCUACGAAGAAGAAGAAACUCCACAUCUGGCUUUUACGCGUGCGGGAAGGAGAGUCUUUGAGCGACUUGCUGUCGUCGACUCCUCGAGGGGAUAGUUCGGUUGACAGGUCUAUAUUCAUCCUCGAGAGUGCUGCGUGGGAGCAUCGGCCGAGGACCAAGGAUCUCAGGGCUCCGCCAACGGCGACCUCAAAUCAUGAUGAUCCGCAAAGACGCCUCCGCCGCGGCGAUCCUCUCCCCGAGCGACAUCACCAACAACGAAAAGAAAAAAGACCUCUCCUCCAACACCACCCCCAGCACGACCGCUCUCGAAAUCGAGAAUGCCCACAACACCCCGAAACCCACCUUCACCGACGUCAAGGUCCCCUCCUCUCAUUCCUCCAAUGACGCCGUCGCCGUUGGCAGCGAUGCCAUCGAGGCGGACGACGAAGACCCCGGUCCGGGCGCUUUCGCACAUCUCGACAUCAAAGCCAUCCAUCGGAAGAUGGAUUUCCGGAUCGUCCCCAUGUUGACGGUGUUGUACCUCUUGUCGUUUCUGGACAGGGGGAAUAUCGGGAAUGCCAACAUCGAAGGCCUCAGCACCGAUCUCAGACUCACCGGUGCCCAGUACAAUUGGUGCCUGACCGCUUUCUUUUUCACAUACGCUGCCUUCGAAGUCCCGAGCAAUAUGGUUCUCAAGAGAUUAAAACCUUCGAUCUGGUUACCGACUAUCAUGGUCGCUUGGGGGAUCGUCAUGACGUUGAUGGGUCUGGUACGAUCGUAUGAGGGACUCUUGAUCGCACGCAUCUUCUUGGGUGUGGCCGAAGCAGGGCUCUUCCCCGGUGUCAUCUGGUACAUCUCGAUGUGGUACACUCGCUAUGAGUGUCAAGUUCGUACAGCAUACUUCUUCAGCGCGGCAUCGGUCGCCGGGGCGUUCUCUGGCCUCCUGGCCUAUGGGAUCGCUUUCAUGGAUGGUGUCGGUGGCCUCGCUGGCUGGCGCUGGAUCUUCAUCCUCGAAGGGAUUCUGACCGUCGUACUUUCCAUCUUCGCCUAUUUCUUCAUCUACGACUUCCCCAGCACCGCCAAAUUCCUCACCCCAGAAGAACGGGCCUUCAUCUCCUACCGUCUCCGCUACGACGGCAACGACGACAUCUCCGGCGACGGCCGCCGCGUCGCCCAACACGACAAGCAAGAAUGGCGCUUCGUCCGCGCCGCCUUCGGCGACUGGCAGAUCUGGCUCAACAUCCUGGUCUACUGGGGCUACGUGAUGCCGCUCUACGGCCUGUCCCUCUUCCUCCCUUCGAUCAUCAAAGAGCUCGGCUACACCAAGACCAGCGCCCAGCUGCUCACCGUCCCCAUCUACGUCACCGCCUCCAUCCUCACCGUCGCCGUCGCCUACCUCGCCGACCGCAAACACCUCCGCUCGCCCUUCAUCCUGCUCUGCUUCGUCUUCCAGCUCCUCGGCUUCACCAUGUGCAUCGCGGGGCGCAGCCCCGGCGUGACCUACGCCGGCGUCUUCAUCGCCGGCGCCGCCAUCUACCCGGCCCACCCGACCAACGUCGCCUGGCUGUCCAACAACCUCGCCGGCACGUACAAGCGCGCCAUCGGCGUCGGCCUGCAGCUGAGCAUCGGCAACCUCGGCGGCGCCGCCGCCAGCAAUUUCUACCGCAAGGACGACUCCCCCCGUUACAUCCUCGGCCACGCCCUGGAGAUCGGCGUCAUCUGCAUGGGCGCGGUGGCCGCGACGGUGUUGGCUGCCUCCUAUCGCAGGGUCAACGCCCAGAGGGCGAGGCGGUUGGCCCGGGGCGAGGCGGGCGCUUUCUCGACCGAGGAGCUGAGCGUGCUGGGCGACAAGGCUAUCACUUUUCGGUAUACGCUUUGAUGAGGAGAGGAGAGGGGGAUGUGGUGGUUGGAGAAGUUGAGGGGUAUGAUUAUGAGUUUAACGAAUGGAAUGAUCAACUUAUGAAUGCCAUAUCUCCAUGAUUAUCGUCAUCGUCAUCGUGAAGAACAUGUGUACGUGCAGGUGAGUGAUAUGAACGGCCCAAUUGCACAUCUGCAAUAGCCAAUCAUAUGUAUGGAACUGGCGCGGUGGGGAACACACGAACAGAUCGAGUGACACUCCUGAAACGUCGCAUGAUGAUGACCGUGGGAAAGCUCAUCCUCUGCCUUCAUCUUGCACGUCCCCUGGGACGCCCACAAGGACCUCCUCCUCC